CUCAAUCUAUCUGGGGCAGCACUACACAGUCGCUUACCCACUAAGGCGAGCCGUCGACAGGAACCGGGUGUCCUGUAACCCGUCGACGGAGUAUAUAUAAUGGAGAUACCCUCACUGUACUCCACGUUUUGACACACACAGCCGUCAACCGUCGGAAGCACAGUCGUUGCUUCAUCCCUUCUUUGGUACCCUUUCGUUUCGAUCGUUCAGUGUUCGCCGGGCCGAAUCAUUCAUUCAUCAUGCGCAUCUCAUCCGUUCUCUUCUCGCUGGCCUGCCUGGCUGGCACCUCAUUCGCCGCAUUCGGUGUCACCUCGACGAACGGCCGCUUCGUCGUCGACACCAAUGGUGGUCUCGUCUUCUCCGUCAGCCAGACGAACGGAGAUAUCGUCUCGCUCGUCUACAGUGGCACCGAAGCUCAGGAUAGCUCCAAGAUGUCGCAUAUCGCCUCCGGACUAGGAAGUGCUACCGUCUCCGCAACCACAAUCAGCAGCACCUACAUCAAGAUCACCGUCGUGACGAGUACCUUGACGCAGUAUUACAUCGCCAAGAGCGGUGAUCCCACCGUCUACAUGGGCACGUACAUCACUGCCGAGCCCACCAUCGGUGAACUCCGUUUCAUCGCCAGACUGAAGAAGUCGGUCAUCACCACCGGAGUCACCGCUUCUGACGUCGAGGACGGUACCGUGGUGGAGGGCUCGGACGUCUUCCUGGUUGACGGACAAACCCGCAGCAAGUUCUACUCCAGCGUCCGUUUCAUCGAGGACUCCGUGCACUGUGUCAAGGGCAGCGGAAUCGGCGCUUGCAUGGCUAUCGGCAACUACGAGUCGUCUUCCGGAGGACCGUUCUUCCGCGACAUAGACAACCAAGGCUCCGCCCAGCAGGAGAUCUACUUCUAUAUGAAUUCCGGUCACGUCCAGACCGAGUCCUACCGCAUGGGCUUCCACGGUCCGUACGCUCUGAUCUUCAACAACGGCAACACCGCCACCCUCCCCAGCUUCGACUUCUACUCUUCCCUGUCUCUGAGCGGCUACGUCGCCACUUCCGGCCGCGGAACAGUCACCGGCACCGUCUCCGGUGUCACCGACGGUGUCGUUCACUGGUACAACAGCGCCGCCCAGUACUGGGUCAAGUCCGACGGCUCGUUCACUUCCCCCCUGAUGAAGCCCGGAACCUACACCAUGGUGCUGUACAAGGGCGAGCUCAAGGUCGCCGAGUCGUCCGUCACCGUCACCGCCGGAGGCAGCACGAGCAAGAGCCUUGCCUCCGCGCAGGACAUUCCCUCGAGCGUGAUCUUCCGCAUCGGCACGGUCGACGGAAAGCCCACCGGCUUCAUGAACGCCGCGAACCAGCUCGUCAUGCACCCCUCCGACUCGCGCAUGUCCGCAUGGGCUGCCUCUACCUUCACGUGGGGCACCUCGUCGACCGCCGACUUCCCCAUGGCGCAGGUCAAGACCGUUAACGACCCGACCACCAUCUCGGUUACGCUCACGAGCGCGCAAGCCGCGGUCGCCCGCACCGUCAGAAUCUACACCACCCUCUCCUUUGCCGGCGGCCGCCCCAGCAUCAAGGUCAACAGCUACUCCCCCGCCACCCCAGCGGCACCAACAAAGAUCGACUCCCGUGGCUUCACGAGAGGAGCGUAUCGUGGCUACGGCGAGGUCUACAGCUUCACCAUCCCUGCGGGCAACUUGGUCGCCGGAUCGAACAGCAUCGCUAUCAGUUGUGCCAGCGGCAGCACUGGCACGACUUUCCUGAACCCCAACUUCAUCUACGAUUCGGUUGAGUUUUACUAAAGUGGUGGAUGCGCGUACGGUGCGGGUCCGUGUGCGGGAGAGGCCGGGAGGUUUUUUGGGAUUUUUUUGUAUAACUAGUAGUGGUUGAGUUGAUAGUUCACGGUAAUCGCGGUCCGGAG